AUGUCCAACGAUGAGGACCCGCUCGCGGCCCUCACGACGCCGGUGUCCUUCCAGCGCUUCCUGGAGCUGAUGAAGAACGACUCCGCGAGGGACCUCGUCCGGAAAAUCAAUCGGUUCCUUCAAGAGCUCAACGAAGCCAGGCAGGACCCUCACAGAGACAGUGCAGCUUUUCAGAAAUUCCUGUCGCAGAUGGAGGCAGACUUUCGAAAGCAUCGUCUGUGGCGGAACCAACCACGGGAAGAACUGGACACAGCUAUGGAGGGCUUGGAGAAGUACCUCCUCACCAAGCUGCACAGCCGAACAUUUGCCAGAUAUCCAGAGGACACAGAACGAGACCACCUACUGUCCACGCGACUGGUCGCCCUGCAUUUUGUUCGUCCACAUCACCUAGACAUACCGGACAACGUCAUCACGAAUGAAACUCUGCUGUUGGCUGUGAAGGAGCUGCAGAAGAUGAAUGUGUACAAGGCUCCCCGGGACAAGCUUGUGUGCAUCCUCAACUGCUGCCGAGUAAUUCAGAACCUGCUGAAAACAGCUGGAAAAGCGGCUGGAGGUGCCGACAUCUUUGUCCCAGUGCUUAACUACGUGGUGAUCCGUGCGGCGCCCGAGCACAUGAUCUCAAAUGUGGAGUACAUCAGGAGGUUCAGAAUGAAGAGCAGGCUGAGCUCUCACACAGAGUACUACUUCAUGCAGCUGAGUGGGGCUGCCUACUUCACAGAGACAGCUGAUGCUGGAUCCUUCACCGAUGGCCGACAGGAGUUUCUCAGCAGCUUCCUGCAGCAUGGCCUGUUGACUUGGCCUCAGUAUGAGGAGGCGAUCACCCAAGGGGGUCCUCCAAAGAGCAGGGCACCCCCCAUGCCCACCAUCGCAGGCACCAAUCCUGCAGUUUGCCAAUCCUUGAUGGAUACUGCGAUCACGGCAGGUGCGCCUGCAGGUCAGCAAGCAGGAGCCUUGGACCGCUCAACAGGGGGUGGUAGCCAGGUGGCGCCUGCCGAUCUGGAGAGCUGGAAUUCUGUGUUGACUAGGUGGGUUAAGUGUGCUCUGUGGUGGUGGCGGAACAUCAGCGAAUUGCUGUGUUCACUUCCGAAGCAAAGACUUGCAGCUAUUGACAGCACCCAACACCGCCAGAAUCGUAUUAUGCAUAUCAUAAUCGAAAUGACAUGUUGUGCAGAGACUCUGUGUUUUCUUGGCGCCAAAAAGGUUUGGUAUAUUGUAGACGUCAGUGGCAGCCAAGUUAAAUAG